GAAUGAAUUAUAAAUCCUAGUGUUUACAAUGAGAGUUACGCGUUAUUUUGCUGUGAAAGUAAUUAUUGUGAUCUUGAACUUGUUAACAGUAUGUCAUCCAUAUCCUAGCAGUGUUGGAAUAGAAAAUGAUAAAAAUGAAGAAAUAAAGAAAUCCUUUAAACAAAAAUCUAAAAACAUUCGUUUUAAUAAUGUUAACAUUACUCUUCAUCGAAAUAUAAAGAUAAAUCUAAAAAGAUUCGAUCGAAGCGUUGACUCGAAAUCACCGGAAUUAGGAGCAAUGGAUCCACUUACUCAUGAUGAUUUAAAUUUAAGUGAAAUCCUUGUAACGAGUUCUCCUGCGGAAACAACUCAGCAAAACAAUUCAUGCUGUGGUCAAAAAAUUAAUUUGUACUUUAAAACUACAGUUAGUAUUAUUAAACAAUGGCUCGAUAGUCUAGUUGAUGAUUGUAAUAAAGUAAAUGAAAUAUUAACGUUCGAAACGACUAAAAAAUCAGAUAUUGAAAACAUAAGAUACUGCUGUACAGAGCUUAAAGGUAAUUAUUUCAAAUUAUUCAAGUCGGUUAUAAGUGCUUUAAAAAAGCUACAAAUUGAUAAUCAUUCUGCUAUCAAUAACACUUGUCCAAUUUUGGCUGGAUUGGAAAAAAUUAAGAAUAAUAUAAUAACUUUUACUCAACGGCCGAAUAAAAUAAUGAUGAUGAAUAAUCCAUUCGAUAAUUUGUUAAAAAGAUUCCCGGGUAUGUCUGAAACAACUAAUAAAGUACCACAAAAUAAUUCAAACUCAAUGACAAAUCAUGAAAAUACUGGUUUAAAUAAAGUAAUAGAAAACUUAUGGAACGUACCACAAAAAAUUAAAGUGUCCAUUGAGGAGCUAAUUAAUAACAUCAGAAAAAAUUUAAUCCCAGGAAGUUGUCAAAAACUACAAGGAUCGACAGACGGUAAUACUAGUGAUCACGUUGAUAAUCGAUAUCAUUCGUCUAUCCACCAAAAACUUCCCUUCUUAAAUCCUUUCGAGAAUGUAUUGAAGUUACGCACAAUUUUAAAUUUUCCAUUUAAUAAUCCAAUUUUACAAGUAUUCAAUAAUCUACGUGAUUUACCACAACAAAUUAAGGAGAUAAUUGAUGAACAGAUUAGUAAUAUUAGAGAUAUAUUCACGAAGAAUGACUGUAAAGAAGUUGCAGAAAUGACAAAUAACGAUUCUGGAAGUACAAAUUCAUCUGAUUCUUCUACUCAUGAAAAACUUUCUACCCAAGAACCUUCAAAUGGCUUAUUGAAGAACUGGUUCAACUCUUCAAUGAGUAGAAAAUCUACGGUCAAUAAUCCAUUUUCACAAGCAUUAAAUAAUCUACAUAAUAUACCACAGAAAAUAAGAAAAUCGAUCGAUGAUGUAAUUAGCAACAUUAGACAUAUUUUAACCUCAGGAAAAUAUAAAGAAUCUAAAGUUAUACCAAACCACAGUAACCUGGUAACGAAUUCAUCUGUUCAGAACAAUAUUUCAGUCGAGAAUCCUUUCAGGAAUAAAUUAGAAUUUCCAUCAUUACUGAAGUCUCCAUUUAAUAAUCCAUUUUCGCAGGUAUUUGAUAAUCUUCGUAAUUUACUACAACAAAUUAGAGAAACGAUAGACGAACAGAUUAGUCAUAUUAGAAACCUAUUUACGAAAAACAACUGUAAAGAACUUACAGCAAUGGCAAAUAACGAUUCUGGAGGAAAUAAUUCAUCUGAUUCUUCUACUCAUGAAAAACUUUCUACCCAAGAACCUUCAAAUGGCUUUAUGAAGAACUGGUUUGGCUCUCCAAUCACUGAAAAAUCUAUAGUCAAUAAUCCAUUCUCACAAGCAUUCGAUAAUCUAAGCAACAUACUACAAAGAAUAAGAAAGUCGAUUGAUGAAUUGAUUAGUAAAAUUAGAAAUAUUCUGAUUCUAGAGAAAUCUAAAGGACUAGAAAAUAAAAUAAACCACACACCUACUAAUCCGGUUACUGAUUCAUCGGAUGCAGUUGUACACGAAACGACCCCAUCCUCAAAACCUGGAGAUGUAUUAACAGUUAUGACUGAUAGCCCUGUAGGAAAAAUUUUAUCUCUAGGUCCCUUAUGUGGAUUGUUCAAUAAACUAAUUAACUCUUCAACGACUUCGAAAGAUCCGAUAACUUCAUCUACGAACCCAUUUUUACAAGCCUUCGAUCAUUUACGGAAUUCGUCAAAAAAAAUGCAAAAGUCAAUUGGUGAACAAAUUUCUCAUUUGCGAAACAUAUUCACGAAAAAUAAUCAUCAAGAAUCAAAAACUAUAGCCAACAGCGAUACUGCUCAUCCUAAUGCUGACAAUAAUUCGAAUAAUUUUUUCAAUAUGCUUUUUAAAGAUAUGAGAAAAACUUCGACACCCGUGAAAGUCUUAUCUCAUAAUUCACAGCUAUUUGGAAAAAAUAUUGAUGAAAUUUCGACUAAUAUUAGAAACUUUUUUGUGCCUCAAGAACCAAAGACAGAAAUAGAUAUCUUCGAUCCUUCUCAUAUUUAUAAAAUGCUUUCAUCGUCACCAUUUGUGUUAAAUGAAUUAUUUACAAAUAUAUUUAAAUCUUUAUCUGAUACCAAAUCAUCUGGUCAUUAUAAUUAUUUUUCUGCGGCACGCGAUAUACUCCAUAAUUUAGGGAAAGAUGCGAGAAAAUCAAUUAGUGCACUAUUUGGUGGUGUUCAGCACAUGCUUAUACCACAUAUACGAAAAGGACACAAAAAGCAACCAACGGCUACAAAAAUUUUAAUUCAACAGCCAUAUUAUGAAUUAUUUAAAAAACAAUUGUAUCAUAAACCAUUGUCAUUGCCAACUCGUAAAAUUUUACCAUUUUCCUCAUCGUUUCAUAAAGACAAAUUAUUUUCUCGAUCACGAAGUGACUCCUCUAAAUAUAAUUUUCUAAAAAAAUUUUUGUAAACUAUUUUUAGUCACUAAUGAUUUAAGAUCUAGAUAAAAUAUCAAAAAAAUUUACACACAUCUAUUUUGG